AUGACGGUACUGACAACCCGUCUACUUGUCCCAUUCUCGAUAAUUACCCUCAUAUCAGCCGCCAAUCUGUUCUGUGACAACGGUCUCUUCUGUAGUAGGGUCCCACAUCGCGCAUGGCUAGCCAGACGCAGAAUUGCGUUGCGACUAGCAGAAUUUCAUCAGCUCACAAAAGACGAAGGAUUCAUUGCAAUAAACUCGUCGUUUUUCCCCACAUUUGAACAAAAAGCUGUAUUAUGCAACGAUGAACUAUAUACAGGUUUCCUUAUCGAAAAGGAUGCAGCACAUUGGAAUGUCAGCUGUGUAUGGACAGGCAUCGGCUUGUCUGUUACAUGUGCUCCAGUGCCUCCACAGUAUAACAACGUGCCAUUUGCAUACAUUUCACCUAUAGAAUGGCAAACACGAAUUAAAAAAUUUAGGAUGAAGAUUGGAUGUUCAGCCGAAAAAAUCAAUCAGACAUCGGAGAUACCCGAACUUUUUAUUUGUAAUGAACGAUGUAUUCAAGGAGGUAUUGGCUACGUACCAAGUCUCAUAAUGCUCUUAUCCUUCUCCAUAGCAUUCAUCAAAAAUUGUCUCAUGUGA